CUCCUAGACUUAGGAACAAGAUGACGAGAGAAGGGGUUUGUGUAUAUAAGGAGGGAAGUUCGUCGUGGAGGGGAAUUAACAACAACAGGAACUUGACAGCGUUAAUCAUCACUGCAUUCUCCAGGUCUUCAAAUUAGAGCCUCAUAUACAACGCCAAAGACAACUCGAUAGAUUCGCUCCCAAAAAGACAGCUCGCUGCGACACUUGAAGCCAACAUUUUGCCUUAAACAACAGCUAGCCAACCAGAGCUUUCAAUCCUUUCGGCGCUUCUACCAACCAAGAGCACUACCGACGACUUUCAAGAUGUCUUCCACCACCACCGUGGCUAUGCCUUCAUCGGACUCAAACCCACGCUUGAUCACGACGACGCACACAGCAGACGGGACGUCAAUCUUCGGCGCAGACAGAGAGGUCUCACUGUUCCGCCCCUUCGGACCCUCAGGCUCAUCGUUCGCCGUCUUCGACACUCGCGGGGCAGUGCCGGUCGACAACUUGGAGGCAACAGGGGAGUUCCUAGAGACUCUACCAAGAUGCCCACCUGGCGGCGCCACCUUUUGCAUCACCAACAUCGCGGGUAACUUCACGGUGCCUAUGCACCGAACAUUGAGCAUCGACUAUGCCGUGGUUCUGUCAGGCGAGAUCGUGUUAAAGCUUGACAACGGUGACGAGAAGACGGUGCGCGCUGGCGAGUUCAUUGUCCAAGCAGGCGCCAAUCACCAGUGGAUCAAUCGUACGAACGAGGCCUGCCGGACAAUGUUCGUUUCGCUGAGCUCGGAGAAGAUCAAGCUUGCUGAUGGGACCGUGUUGGAGGAAACGAUGCCGAAGAGACCAUGAGUGGUGGACGGGUAUGUGAUUCGCUAUGUAUUCUGAACCUGGGAUGCGGUAAUUUGCUGUAAUAGACUCGAGAGCUAGAUAGGAUUAUAUGAUGCUCAUAUCACCAAGUGUAGAUUUCAUCCCAGUGUAGUCUCGAAUCCGUUCAAAUACUCUUCC